AUAGAGGGGUGUAAGUUACCUAAACCUAGAGUGUUGGGCGAUUCUUCCCCACGCGCCUUCGUAGCACCAAUAUAGCCUCUAAUACUCGGGGUCCGAUGGCUGGUCUACACAUGCACUAAUGAGCGAGCCCUUUUCCUUGUAAGGAUUCUCAAUGGAGCACAUUGCCCACACAACAACGAGCUUGCCCACAUUCGAUCCGGGAUCCAGGUCCAGGUCCAGGUCCAGAACGACUUGUGAUCGCUGCAGUGCCCGCUUUGAUGAGGUCAUGAAAUUGUCCGGAAGCUCCAGCUCACAAGGGGUUCUCACAACUAUAUUACACCCUGCAGAAUAUCCGACAUACGAGGGCCAGCUACGAUGAGCCUGACACCAAAAAUUUGCAUCGCCGUUAUUGGCUCUGGGCCCAUCGGCAAAUUACUAGCCUGCUCAACCACUCGGCGCCCAGGGAUAGAGCUAGUGUCAACUCUUUAUGUCGCAAAAUCGUGCAGGGCCAGGACUUCCGACCACCUAUUAUUACGCUGGCAUACUCGCCUUCGCGGCAAGGUGCUAGAGGAUAAGGUGCGCGCCACAGUCGGCCAAGUCUUUAUUGAAGAGUCGCACUGUUUCAUCGGCGUCAAGGGCUGGCUAUCAGUCGCGGCACAUUUACCAACAUUGCGGCUUUUUGUGUUGAACCUGAGCGAAAGCAACUAAGUAGAGAGCGUUUCCUCACUCAAGAUGAAAGAUUUUAGAAGGCGUCAACGGGGCUUGCAUGAACUGACGUGGCCAGUUACUGAAGGACUACACUCGGGGUGGCUGCCAGCGUCUUGAACUGACACACUUGGGGUAACUCGGCACAUUUGUUAAUCGAGAGCUCUCCAUCACUACCUUUGGUGAUGCAGCGAACGCAAUGACUCCUUUCCUUUAACGGCUGAGGACGUGAUACGUGAAAUAUAGCAUUGUUUCGUACAGUGGAUAAGCAAAGUGAAUUAGCUUUGCCGAUACUAUUCUACCGGGCAUACUGUAAAUAAAUGUUAGUAGC